AUGCACACAGACCUCCUGAAUCCUGAGAAGAAAUGCCACGUGCUUGUUCCUAUCCACGAUUCCAACAUCUUUCUCCACUGCCUGCACAAGAACACAACAUGCAGAUGUGAGCCCUGCUAUCCAGCGACUACACACAAGCUACAAGUAGUUCACCAGUUCUUCAAAAAGGAGGAGAGGAGAGGGGGAUCUACAGACUUGUGCCCAGACAAAGUAUGA